UUCCCCUUCCCGUCCAUGCGGUGCCUCGGCACCGGCAGCGCCUCGGGUGUACACAGAUCCUGGACCUUUUUUUUUUAAAUUGAAUAAUCUGCAUCCUGCUGACCAAGAAACCAAUUUUGAGUUCUCCUUUUUUGUUGUGGGGUGUUUUUUUUUAUCCUUCCACACUGGAAGAGCUCAGUAGUGGCUCCCUGUUCACUUCAAUGUCAGUUUGCUGCUAAUGGGUGUAAGUAAAUUAGAUGUCUUAUACAGAAAGCUCCUCCUCACUAAACUUUUCAUCAGAGGAUGGGGAAAGCCAGAGGAUCUGAAAAGAAUAUUUGAAUUCAGAAAGAUUAUUGGAAACAGGGAAAAAUGCCAGACUCUGGUUUCAAAAGAUUAUCCAGUGUUUAUUGACAAGGUUGAGGGGCAAUCUGACUGUAAAAUCCUCGAGGGGCACUUCAUCUCCCCCUUGGCCCAUUGUGUCCCAGGUAUCCUGCCAGUCGAAUCUCUUGUAGCAAGAUUUCAGUUCAUCAUCCCCAGAAGAUGGAACAGCAAGCACAGACCUGUGUGCAUUCAUUUAGCAGGCACCGGAGAUCAUCACUUCUGGAGGAGACGGACACUAAUGGCGAGGCCAAUGAUUAAAGAAGCCUCUAUGGCUUCCCUGUUGCUAGAAAAUCCUUAUUAUGGCUGUAGAAAACCUAAAGAUCAAAUACGGUCAUGUUUAAAAAAUGUCUCGGAUCUGUUUGUGAUGGGAGGAGCUCUAAUUCUGGAAUCAGCAGCUCUUUUGCACUGGCUGGAGAGAGAAGGCUAUGGACCACUAGGGAUGACUGGAAUAUCCAUGGGAGGACAUAUGGCCUCACUGGCAGUGACAAACUGGCCUAAACCAUUGCCAUUGAUUCCGUGUCUCUCCUGGUCAACAGCCUCUGCAGUCUUUACUACGGGGGUGUUGAGCAAGGCAGUGAACUGGAGAGAGCUCGAGAAACAGUAUUUUACAGAAACCGUUUAUGAAGAAGAAAUAAUUCAAAUGCUUGAAUACUGUGGAACAGAUUCUUUCAAGAUGGGACAAGAUUUUGUGAAAAACUUCCCUGACAGUGUGCACAGUCUGGAGGAUAUGGAUGUUACCUCCAGGAUAUUCAACUUUGAGUCCAUGAGCGCUGCUGUAUCUAAAGAAGCUGUUCACAGCUUUACCACCAAUAAAAGUACUCUAAGUGCCUCUUCAGAAAGACUCUUAAUACAAGAUGCUCCCAAAAUGCAGUGCAUAAAUCAAACAUUUUCAACCAGCAGCAGUAGCAAUAAAAACUUAACCAGCCCACAAGGACGCGGGAUAAACACGAGAAGAAAGAGUGACACUUUGCAAAGAGAAUCCAUAAGGUUCAUGAAAGGAGUAAUGGAUGAGUGUACCCAUGUAGCUAACUUCUCAGUUCCAGUUGACCCAAGUUUGAUCAUAGUUGUCCAAGCUAAGGAGGACGCGUAUAUUCCUCGCACUGGGGUGCGCAGUCUUCAAGAAAUCUGGCCGGGGUGUGAAAUUAGAUAUCUGGAUGGAGGUCAUGUCAGUGCCUACCUCUUCAAACAAGGACUCUUUAGACAAGCAAUUUACGAUGCGUUUGACCGGUUUCUUCAGAAAUACGCUGUCUGAAAAAUCUUCACAAUGCAUUCAAACUGAUCUCAUUUGUAAAUUCAGCGUCCUGGAACUCAUAUUUGGAAAACAAGCCGCUUGCAACAUCGAGUAGCCACUGACUUUGGCUGUUGUAGGUAACAAUAACCAGCAAUGGUGAAGUGCCAGCGUUACUUUCAUUUCAAUCCGGUGCCAUUCUGACCCAGCUGCUUCAGCAUUACCUUGUGAACAAACAACGGGCGGCGACCGUCAGCCUUCGCGUACUUUGUGUCUGAUCAGGUUGUGUGUUCCUUGAGUUCUGAAUCAGUUCUGAAUCGUGUGUCAGUGGAAAACAGACCGAUCUAAGUACUGAAAGAAUGUCAAACGUGCUGUAUGGCUAAGCUGCUCUCUUGUGUUUACUGUGUCUCUGGUGUGUUCCAGAUACCUGGGUUUCCUCUUGCCUCCCCGUGCCCACGCUGCUCCCGUUGUAUUGUGCCACAGCUUUGCCAGCGCUCAGCCUCCUGUGUUUGUCACUGGUUUUCUCUUCAAUUAUGAAUUGAAAAUGAGCUGUUUAAUAGGAGGGGCAGCAUCAAAUCUUGCGAAAGGAGACUGUGACAAUUCAGUGAAAAGUGAGAGGGGGACGUUUUCAUUCAGUACACCCCAUGAAGUUUUUCUGCCUCUGAAAUAACUUUCCCUUUCCGGAAGGAUCAUGUAGCAGUUCAUCAGUCAGGUUCACAAAACUGGAAUAAGUGAAAAUCAAGUGUCUGGUUAUUAAUUCUUUACAUUAAUUCAGUUGGAUAACCAAAAUUUCUAGAUUUUUUUUGUUUGUUUAUUUUUAAGGAAUGGUAGAAGAUACAGAAAUUUCAUCAUUUCACUUUACAAGCAAUGUCUCGUUUUAGGCAGUUAAAUCAAUAGCAGAUUAUAUGGUGCUAUGAAGACCUGCUGGAAAUAUUUCAACAGAAGUCCUUUUUAAAGUAUACACUCAGUGCUGAUAUGCCAAAUACAUUUUCGUGGUAUAAUUUUAAAAAUGCAUGAGCCUAAAUGUUAUUAAAACAGGUUGCUCCUUAUUUUUCAUCACUUGGGUUUUUUUAAAUCGAUGGAAAAUAAAAAAAUUCAGAUCUUGAACACACUCAAGAAAAUCCUCUUUGGGGAUCAAAAAUGCCAACAAAAUACAAUAUCAUAUAAAGUUGUCAUGUAGUGACUCUCUCUCCAUGUCUUUUCUUGUGGUAAUCUCCUGUAACAUUCUCUUAAAGCCAAUUCGCAGAGAGGUUGAAAACUGAAACACUUCAAUAUUAAUUUUAGUACAGUCACGACCAGGGUUACCCUGAAACAAAUUG